AUGGCGGCGGUUGGCAGUGCCGUGUGUGUGGCGGUGCUGCAGCUCGUGUUGCUGGACGGAGUCGCCUCUUACAGCUUCCCGGCGAAUUACACGAUUCAGUACUGGGCAGGGAGAAUUGAACAAGAGCUGGAUCGAGUAGUACGACAAGUCAGUGGGAUUCAACAGCUUAAAGCACUGUAUGAUGACCAUAAACAUCUAUUUGAUAUCAAAGAGAACAUGGCCUCCACACUGGUGGAAAGAGUGGCUGGUGAUAUCGAGAAGCUCUUGGACAAGAAAGUGGAAGCUCUGGAGAGACUGGCCAAGGCUGCAGAGCAGUUUCAGAAGGAGCACCGUUGGCAAGAUGACAUUAAGGAGCGAGACGUUUUAUACUUUGAUGCAAAAGCAGGAACAUCUGAUGACACUCCAGAAGAUGAUGAAAUCUCAGAUGGGGAGCAAAUUAAUCCUCUCCAGUUGGAGUUUGUGGAUGAUCCGAACUUCAAGGUCAAAGUCAAUUAUUCCUACAUGGCAGUACAGAUCCCAACAGAUAUCUAUAAGGGCUCAACUGUUAUCCUUAAUGAGUUGAACUGGACAGCUGCACUGGAGGAUGUAUUCAAGCGUAACCGAGAAGAGGACCCCUCACUGCUCUGGCAGGUUUUUGGUAGUGCCACAGGUGUGACCAGAUAUUAUCCAGCAACUCCCUGGGGUCUUCCCAAUAAGAUUGAUCUGUACGAUGUACGACGGAGACCCUGGUAUAUUCAAGGUGCCUCAUCUCCCAAGGACAUGAUGAUUAUAGUAGAUGUGAGCGGUAGUGUCAGUGGCCUUACGCUGAAGCUAAUGAAGACAUCUGUCGUUGAGAUGCUGGACACACUGUCCGAUGAUGACUAUGUGAAUGUUGCAUCGUUCAAUGACGAAGCCAAACCAGUGGCCUGCUUCAAGCAUUUGGUUCAAGCCAAUGUACGGAAUAAGAAGGUCCUGAAAGGUGCCGUGCAAGACAUGAAUGCCCAGGGAGUGACAGAUUAUAAAUCAGGAUUCAAUUAUGCCUUUGAUCAGCUACUCAAUUCCAGCACAAACAUUCGAGCAAACUGUAAUAAGAUGAUAAUGAUGUUCACAGAUGGAGGAGAGGAUCGAGCCCAGGAUGUCUUCGAGAGACACAAUUGGCCCAAUAAAACAGUCCGUGUCUUUACUUUCUCAGUUGGACAGCACAACUAUGAUGUCACACCUCUACAGUGGAUGGCUUGUGCAAAUAAAGGAUAUUAUUUUGAAAUCCCAUCCAUUGGAGCAAUUCGGAUCAAUACUCAGGAGUAUUUAGAUGUUCUUGGUCGUCCUAUGGUGAUGGCAGGAAAGAAAGCCAAAAAGGUUCAAUGGACUAACGUUUAUCAGGAUGCUUUGAGCCUUGAGCUGGUGAUUACAGGAACAAUGCCAGUUUUCAAUGUCACUGUGGAGAAUGGCCAGCAGAACCAGCUCAUGCUCGGAGUUAUGGGGAUUGAUGUUGCUCUUGAUGACAUCAAGAAACUCACCCCCCGCUACAAUUUAGGUGGCAAUGGGUACUUUUUCGCUAUCGAUCCAAAUGGGUAUGUCCUGUUCCAUCCAAACCUACAGCCAAAGAUUAUAAAUUUUCGAGAGCCAGUGACUCUGGAUUUCCUGGAUGCAGAAUUGGAGGAUGAAAACAAAGAACGGAUAAGGAGGAAUAUGAUUGAUGGGAAGAGUGGUACAAGUGACAUCCGAACUCUACUCAAAUCCCUGGAUGAGAGAUAUAUUGAUGAAGUAACUAGAACAUACACAUGGAGCCCAGUGCAAAGUGCUGAUUACAGCUUGGCCUUGGUGUUGCCACCAUACAGCAGAUAUUAUAUCCAAGCAAAGUUGGAUGACCAAAUCCUUCAAGCUCAGUAUUUUGAAUCCUUGUUACCCAGCUCCUUUGAGACCGUGGGACAUGUAUUCAUUGCUCCCAGGGAAUACUGCAAGGAUCUUGUCAAGUCAGACAACAACACAGAGUUGUUAUUCAAUUUUAUCAGUCUGAUGGAUAAGAACACUCCUGACUACAAGAACUGUUAUUCAGAUCUGAUCUAUAAUCUGAUCCUGGAUUCAGGGGUUACUGCCAAACUAGUGGAGAAAGUUUGGAGGAAUCACGACUUGCACACGCUCGGUCUCCUGGCAGUUUUUGUGGCCACCGAUGGAGGAAUUACCAGAGUUUUUCCAGCCAAGGCGGCAGAAGAGUGGAAUGAAGACCCCGAGCCCUUCAGUGCAAGCUACUAUAGGAGAAGUCUGGAUAACAGUGGUUUCCUUUUCCAUGCACCUUAUAGGGAACGUAUUAUGAUUGACAUGGACCUCAUGAACAACAGUAUCGGGAUUCUGGUGAGUGCUGCUGUGGACCUUCGCAUCUAUGGAAAAUCCCUCAAACCUGCAGUGGUUGGAGUGAAGCUGGACUAUGAAGCCUGGGUGUCAAAAUUUAAAAUUCUAGCCAGUAACCAGACUAACAGAGACCAGGUGGAACCACGCAAGUGUAUGCCAACUUCCAACUGCGAGAUGGACUGUGAUGUGAACAGUGAGGAUCUGUUGUGUGUGUUAAUUGAUGACGGAGGUUUCCUGAUCAUGUCCAACCAGCCUGAACACUGGAGCCAGAUUGGUAUGUUCUUCAGUGAGGUAGACGCCAGCUUGAUGAAUGCACUCUACAAUGCUUCAUUCUACACGAGAAAGGAAUCAUAUAACUAUCAGUCAGUAUGUGGACCACCAUCUAACACUGACACAGGAGCUGCACCCAACUCCAUUUUUAUUCCUACAGUUGCCGAUUUCCUGAACUUGGCAUGGUGGAGUUCAGCUGCUGCCUGGUCUUUAUUGCAGCAAUUGCUAUAUACCCUGACCUUACAAUUCAGCUUCCAAACAGAUGAUACCUUUGCAGACGGUAUUGAACUGAAAGAGACGAGCUGUGUCACCAAGCAGACACAAUACUACUUUGGCAACAACAGUAGAUCCUACAGCAAUUUAAUUGACUGCAGUAACUGCUCCAGGUUUUAUCAUGCACAAAGACUGGCUAACACCAACCUUCUCUUUGUGGUUGCCGAGAAGCUAACUUGUAGUCAGUGUGACCGAAGCAAACUGAUCCAGUCUGAGGUGCGAUCUGAUGGACCAGAUCAGUGUGAAGAGGUGCUGAAGCCUAGGUAUCGGAAAGCACCUGAAGACUGUUUUGAUUACAAUGCAGCAGAGAACACCUCAGACUGCGGUGGUGGAACCAUGUUGACGUUCUCCAUCUCCCUCUUACUAGCCCUGCAGUUAUUUCUCCUGCCUUGGACUGCCGAUCUGAAUCUCUUUCCCUGGGCCAGCAGUCUUUGAUUUGGGACCUUAUGUAACUAGAUAUCAGCUGUGCAACUCUCACGGCUGAGGACUUCCCUUCCCCCGGAAGCCUAAUUCCUCAUUCCAGUCUCACAUCUCCGUGUUGUCGUGUGGUGGAGCUGCAAACUGUGUGUGUGUGUGGAGCUGGUCUAUUGUGGUCGUUUGGACAACCAGUACUUUCCUGACAAGAACUUAUGGGGAAAGCAGGAUAUCAUGGAUCUGCUUUGUGGAAGACCCUUUACAUGAAUACGAA